GAAAUUGGGAGAAACACUCGACUACGUCUCGUGUUUCUCCAAACACUUCUGUCGUGCUUUAGCCGCCUCCUUUAUGCUUUACAACAGAAUAGAGCACAGUCAAGGCUUCUCUAUUUGUUAAUUAUUACAAGACGCGAGUAGGACGCCAUUUCUUAGAAAUCAAUUAUUAUCAUGUCAUAUAACCGAAUCUAAACGAAACAGAUAAUGCUUUUACUUUACAAUUCUAAUUCAAAUGAUUUGUCUGAUUCAAGCUGAGAGUUGUGUCAGGUGUGUGGUCUUUGACUUACAGGCCUAUCUGUGGGCUUUAUUAUAAGAGAAAAACAGCAGACUCUCUUUUUGACGGAAAUUUGUUCAAUGAAUACCUUUUUUAACUGAAACAAACCCUUCUUUUCACCAGAGAACAAACGACAGCUGAUAGGUUGUCGCUUGUAAAGAUGUUCCAAUCAGUAAAAUCACAACAUAUGGCACCGGUAAGACAGCAGCAGAAAGUAGGCCCGAUGGACUUCCGUCUUGCAGAAUUCAUAUUAUAUACGUCAGACGAGCUUAAAAAUGGUUCUCCGUCAGUCUACAAGUUUCAUAUGAGGGACGAAAUGAGACGACCAGAGGACAAGAUUAAAAGACAGAGUAUAGGAACACCAUGCCGUAUCGAUAAUCUCCGGUAUAGAUCAGAAGAAAAGGUGCUCAUGGUGGUAGGAGAAAAAGGUGCUGGUAAGUCGAGUUUGAUUAACGGAAUGGUCAACUACAUCCUUGGUGUAGAAUGGAAAGACAGCUUCCGUUUCAAGCUCAUAACAGAAGAAUCCAAAGCGUUUCAACCACACAGUGAAUCACAGGAAGUAACUGCUUAUACGUUUCACCCCAUGAAAGGUUCACCUGUGCCAUAUAAAUUCACUGUAGUCGACACUCCUAGUUUUGGUGGUGCUGAAGGAUUAGAGGGAGACAAGAAAAUCACUGAACGAAUAAAGAAAUUCCUUUCCAUCCCUCCACCUGAUGGUAUUAACCAACUCGAUGGUAUCGGAUUCGUUGUCCAGUCCUUUCAGGCGAGUCUUACUCAAACACAGAAGUACAUCUUUGAUUCCAUUCUGUCUAUAUUUGGAGAAGACGUUUCCAAAAACCUAUUUACGAUGAUAACCUUUUCAGAUAGCCAAAGCCCGCCUGUCUUAGAAGCAAUGAAGGAAGCCAGCAUCCCAAACUACAGCGAGAAAUUCUUCAAGUUCAACAACUCAGCUCUCUUUGUUGAAAACAAAGAUAAAAGCGGAGGAAGCUUUGACGAAAUGUUUUGGAAAAUUAGUUCCGCCUCAUUCCAACAUUUCUUCCAAGAACUCCCUAAACAACCAUUCAGAUUACUGAGGUGCUCUCAAUAGAAUCAACAAAUCAGAUUUUCUACGACGAGAAAGCGAAAGCAAAAAUUCCACAAUGUAACCAGAACUGAAAUUCUAAGCUUCUUUUGCUAAUUCCAUUUCUCAAUGAUAAUUUGUAACGUGAUAGAUCGGUAGAACUAAGGUUUUAUUGAUAUCCUGAAAAAAGAAUUCGAAAGUAAAUGAGCAGCUAAAAUAGGAAGCAUUUGACAUGUUCAUACUUUUUAGACAUGAACGAAUCAAAUGACCUGGUUGUCAGCUUUGAAAUAUGUAAAAAUAUUAUUGACAAGGCUUGAAGUAUCCUUGUUACAUCAUUCCUACCUUGACGCUCACAUCAUUGCUGGUAGGCAAAACAUGAGCACUGUACCUUAUAACUUGGUUUAAAUUAAGGAAGUUUCGCUUUGAGCAUACUUCACAUUUAGCGUGUUGGUGUUUUCAGUUUUGAGAGACUAGGUUUUUAAAAAUGAUUAAAAAGAAUUAGAUUAAAAAAGAUUGCAGAUGUUCUUUGAUAAGAGGUUUAAAAUGUCUGAGCAGCCAUAUUAGGAAGUAUUUCUUAUAUCCACACGUUUCAUACUAGUACUUUAAAAUACUUCAUGUUGCAGUCAGCCGUACUUGUAUACAAAAAUCUGCAUGGUUGAAAAAGCUCAUUGUACAUAGUAGAGCACCUUGCUUAACUCUUCACAACAUUCCUAACAAGGAAAUUACGCGCACACGUGCACAAUCUUAUGGUCUAACAUAACAUAAGCAAGUUUCGUCAAUAGCAUAUUUUGCAAAACAGA